GUUGAAUGAAGAGCGCGUUGCACGGCUGUCGCCAAUGCGUUUUACCGACGCGUUUUAAUUCGCCCUGAAAAAGUGUGAAGUCAACUCAAGAAACCAAGAAAAGAAUGAAAGAAAAUUAGAAAUUAUGUGCUAAAAUUAAAUACGAAGAUCCCCUGAAGAAUCUCCCACAUUUUACAACAAAUUGGAGCAUCAAAAUUAUAAACAAAAUGCCUCAAUGCGCCACACCAAGUCCGAAUGGACGUAGCUGCAGCAGUCCCGCCAUAUCCGAGAUCUCUGUGGGCUCACCUAGUCCUCCGCCGCCGAUAAUGAGGCCCAUGACAUUGAAACGUUUGCGUGUCCUACGCAGUCCCAUGCCCAGCCCAGCGGGCACUCAACCCGCCGGCCAGGCCAUUCGCAUCAAGAGUUUCUCCAUAGCCGAUAUACUGGGACGCAACGAAGACAAAGAUCGAGAGCAGGAGAGCAAGAUAACCACGCCGUUGCCGCCGCCACCGCCACCACCCGCCGUACAGCUCGAGGAACGUCUUCAGGUGCCGGCAGCCAAUGGAGCAGGUGCCCCAGUUCCUGUUCUCCAUUGUCCGCCAGGUCUACAUCCGUUUCUAUCGCCAGCCCUACUCCAUAGCUAUGAACAGCGACUGGCCUGGGAUUAUCAGCGUCAAUUGCAGGAGCAUUUUCAGGCCCAGGCCCAGUUGUUGCGGCAAAUGAGUAUGGAUCCCGCCAUUAUACCCUCCGAGGAUGGUAGCUCGGAGCGUUCCCAUCGAUCCAGCAUAAGCAAUGGCAGCAGCACCGAUUCCCUCACGCCCACCCAGGCGACUGAGAAAUCCAAUGCCCCUGCCCCAGCAAAUGGCCCUGCCACUGGCAAUGCCUCAAAAUCGGCUGGCCCUGGUUCAGACACUCCGCUCGAUGCACUAUUUCAGUUAUCCACCAAAAACUUCGACGAGGAGCAGGAUCCCGCCACAUUGAAUAUCUUUUCGACCCGUUCUAAUCCAAAGAAGAAGCGGAAAUCACGAACCGCCUUUACCAAUCAACAGAUUUUCGAACUCGAGAAGAGAUUUCUAUAUCAAAAGUAUCUAUCUCCAGCGGAUCGUGAUGAGAUAGCCGGCUGUUUGGGUCUGUCCAAUGCACAGGUGAUCACCUGGUUCCAAAAUCGACGUGCCAAACUGAAACGCGACAUGGAAGAGCUGAAAAAGGAUGUGCAAAGCGUGAAACAAUUACCCGACCAGUCAGCAGAUCCCAUCCGGCAUCCGUACUACCCAUCUCAUCAGACGACCACCAAACCAUCAGUGCAGAGCCAAUACAGCCACCCUCCCAAUCAUCACAACCACCAGCAGCAGCUCUCUAGUACGGUUAAGGACAAGGACAAGGAUAAGGCCAAGGAAGAUUUGCGCAUGCUGAAACUGAUGACCCUGAUGCGUUACUCAGAUGGCAGCAUUUACCCGCUGGCCACCACAAAACCUUCAUCUUCCACUCCCACACCCACUUAGAAUUAGCCCAAUUUGUAUAUUACUCUUUGCAAAAAGCUAUCCCUCGAAUCUAAUUUGCAAAAAACAGAGUUCCUUCUGUUUUUGCACACAAACAUUUUCCCGACAUGAUUUCCCUAAUUGUCGAGUAUUAAAU